UGACUGACGAUGGAGAGGCUCCUCUUCUCUCUGCUCCUGCUCAGCAUGGCUGUCAAGGCUCAGAUUUGCCCAAAGCGCUGCAUCUGCCAAAAUCUGUCCCCUUCCCUCGCGAUCCUCUGUGCCAAAACUGGGCUUCUCUUCGUGCCUCCAUUUAUUGACAGGAAGACUGUGGAGCUGCGUCUAACCGACAACUUCAUUACCACGGUCAGGAAGAAAGACUUUGCCAACAUGACGAGCCUUGUCCACCUCACGUUGUCAAGGAAUACAAUCAGCCAGAUCAUGCCUCUUACCUUUGGUGACCUACGUGGACUUCGUGCUCUUCACCUGGACAGUAACAGGCUGACUAAACUUGUAAACGACCACCUGAAAGGUCUGGUGAACCUGCGCCACUUAAUCCUGAACAACAAUCAGCUCAACCACAUUUCUGAAGGAUCCUUCAAUGACUUCAUCACAUGCCUGGAAGAUCUGGACAUGUCCUACAAUAACUUGGAGCAAUUUCCUUGGGAGGCUAUUGCCAAAAUGGUAAACUUGAACACCCUUACCUUGGAUCAUAAUCUAAUUGAUUACAUUGAAGAAGGAACAUUCUCUGUUCUUCACAAAUUGGCCCGAUUAGACAUGACAUCCAACAGACUGCAAAAGCUUCCUCCUGAUCCCCUUUUCUUAAGGACUCAACCACUGAUUAAUGCCAAAGGCACUCAAACCACCUCAUUGAUGCUUAGCUUUGGUGGAAACCCACUGCACUGCAACUGUGAGCUGCUGUGGCUCCGACGCCUGACAAGGAAAGAUGACCUGGAGACUUGUGCAUCACCGCCUCACUUGAUGGGGAAAUACUUUUGGCUGAUCUCGGAAGAGGAGUUUAUCUGUGAACCUCCUCUCAUAACACGGCUUCACUCAACCAAGGCAUUUGUCAUGGAAGGGCAAGGCGUGACCUUGAAAUGUAAAGCAGUGGGGGAUCCAGAUCCCUCUAUUCUCUGGAGCUCACCAGAGGGGAAGCUGGUUUCCAACACAUCCAGAACAACAAUAUAUGACAAUGGAACCUUGGACAUUUUGAUCACGACACUCAAAGACAACGGCAUGUUCUCUUGCAUCGCUUCCAAUGCAGCUGGCGUAUCAGAUACCAACAUCACCAUUGGGAUCAUCCCACUCCCUCAUCUCGUCAACUUUACAAACCACGUGAAGGAACCUGCCCCGGGUUCCUCAGACAUCACCACAUCCACCAAAUCUGGAUCCCCUUCCAACAACAGCGACACCAAGAGUUUACAGGAUAAGAAGGUUGUGGCAACAGAGCUGAGCACAACAUCAGCCCUCAUCCGUUGGCCUUCUCAGCGCCCCAUUCCUGGGAUCCGCAUGUACCAAAUUCAGUAUAACAGCUCCACCGAUGACACUCUUGUUUACAGGAUGAUUCCAUCUGCAAGCAAAACCUUCUUGGUGAAUGAUCUGGCACCAGGAAGGGACUAUGACCUGUGUAUUCUGGCUGUCUAUGAUGAUGGAAUUACUUCGAUGACUGGUACUAGAGUGGUGGGUUGUGUCCAAUUCACUACAGAGCAAGAAUAUACCCAAUGUCAUUCGGUACAUACCCAGUUCCUUGGUGGGACCAUGAUCAUCAUCAUUGGUGGGAUCAUUGUGGCCUCUGUGUUGGUCUUUAUCAUCAUCCUUAUGAUCAGGUAUAAAGUCUACAACAACACUGGAGAACACAAGACUGUGGUGAACAAUAUGUGCUCACAGACCAAUGGGGGUCAGAAUGGAGGAAUGACGCGGUCCACUUCAAAGCUCGCUGAGGAUUCAGGUGAGUCCAUUCAAGAGAUUUUUGAUGAAUCCUCCAAGGGCUCGGUGACUGUGCUAUUAAACAUGUCUAGGGAAAAGGGCAAUUUUCCUCAAACUACAGCUGUGAUGACAGCAGACACUUUGUCUCACACACAAUGCAGGAGGACAAAGCCAAGUAUAGACCCCCAGAAAGAAGCUCAGUUGUCUUCUGAAGAGGGACAGUCAGAAGGGAGCACAACUGACUCCAGCUUGUCGGUUUGCUUGAUUAGGCCAAGCCAGGGCACUCUACCUCGAAGGGAGAAACAAACUAAACUAAGCAAUGUAUCUGUUCUGCCCUGCGAAAUCUCGAGAGCUCGCCAUAGACACUCGUUUGAUGGAGACUAUUCUCUAUUCCAGAGCCACAGUUACCCAAGGAGAGCACGGACUAAGACAAAUCUGACUGGCAGUGGGCAGAAUUUGAACUCUGAUGACACUGCUCUGGAGACCAAGAGAACAACCUUUAGCAGCACAGAAUGGAUGUUGGAAAGCACAGUGUGA